GGAUCAAGUGCAGGCGGGAGCGCGCCCCAGAGAGAGCGGAGAGCGCGCACACGUGAGGCAGAAGAAGGAAAGGUUCCAAGUUGGCUGAGGGUGACCCAAGGACGCACAAUGGGCGCACGACUCCCCUGUAGAAGCGCCGAGGGGCAGAAUGACACAUUUAUGCUUCAUAUUCUGGAGGCGGGGCUCCUGGCUAUGGGAGGAGUCUGCUUUCUGUGUUUUCUCCUGUGGCUGAUACAAAGAAGGUCGGUGGAUCCCCACGUUACCGAUAUCCCAAAGCUUCAAGCUCAGAAGAUCCCAUUCAAGCUAAAGAAGAAGCCGAAAGUGCUCAGUAUCAAGCAAAGGAUUCGCAGGAGGAAAUGGGAAUCACUUUCUGUGCAUCAUGUAGAACCUCCACCUGCUCCACUUCUAAAGCCGACAGCUGAGCCAAUGACUCCCACGUUGCCCCCUGAUGUGCUGUACAUGCUGCAGAGUGUCAGAGUCCUUGGUCACUUUGAGAGGCCUCUCUUCUUUGCCCUCUGCCAACAUGUAGUAUAUGAACACUAUGAUCCUGGCCAAAUUGUGUUUUGCCCUGGGCAGCUGGACUCUAGUAUUUACAUUGUCUUGGAGGGAAAGCUGGAGCUGUCACUGACUGAUCCCGAUGGCACACCAUGGUAUAUGAAAUCUAUUUGCUCAGGGGAUAAUGUGCACAGUCUUCUCAGUAUCCUGGAUGUGCUAACGGGACACCAGCGGCCAUACCGGACAGUGACUGCAAAAGCUGUUGAGAGGAGCACCUUGCUCCGGCUUCCUGUAGAAGCGUUCUGCACCGUUUUUAAGAGCUACCCACAGAGCUUAGUACGCACAGUGCAGAUCAUUGCACUACGCCUGCAAAGAGUCACUUUCCUCGCUCUGCACCAUUACCUGGGACUGACCAUCGAGCUCUUCCUACCUGAUAAUUCUGAACUUACUCAGUCUGAAAAGCCAAAGCGUCCACGGCUGCUAAGAAGUGUGACGCAUAAUGAAGGAGAUUUGUCUAGUCUUGAAGAAACAACACCACCUCGCAGAAGAGCGCCACCAUUGAAGAGCAGUAAGUCGGCUCGUUCCUCAGUCUUCUGGCGCUCUCUGGAUUGUGAGUUGGAGCAGUCUCAGGGCUUUGAAUUAUCCAAUGAUUAUGAGACUUCCAAUCCAACUUCAACUACGAAUAUGAAGCCUUUGGCGAAUGAAAGUGAAAAGGCCAGAGACGAGAGGAUGAAGAGACUUAUAGAGUCAGGCAAGAAGCAAAUGGCAAAAGUUUUGAAUUUAUCGAAUGCUGGCCUGCUGGAUAACAGGGUAACUCUUCACCAUGCCAAAGCUGAGACGGUUAUUGCCCGGAAGGGGGAGCAGGGGGUAGGAAUGCACUUAGUGCUUUCCGGCUGUCUCCAUGUAUAUCAGGGUGUCAUUGGUCGAGAAGACUCCUAUGUUUUUGAGACUGGCCCAGGUGAGAUGAUAGGACAACUGACGGUCCUUACGGGAGAGCCCCUGAUCUUCACAAUCAGAGCCGUACAAGACAGCGCCUUCCUAUGCCUGAGCCGAGCUCACUUCUACCAGAUUCUUCGCUCCCACCCACAUGUCCUCCUCACUGUGGCCCACUCUGUUGCUCGUCGGGUUUCUCCCUUUGUGCGGCAAGUGGAUUUCGCUAUAGACUGGAUGGGAGUUGAAGCCGGAAAAGAACUCUACAGAAUGGGGGAUCCAUCUGACUGUACCUACAUCGCCCUAAAUGGGCGUCUCCGUUCUGUUAUAACGCGCCCAGAUGGGAAGAAGUGCGUGGUCGGAGAACAUGGUCGGGGAGAACUGAUUGGAAUGGUGGAGGCGUUAACCCACAGUCCAAGAGCCACAUCAGUCCAUGCGGUGCGAGACUCGGAGUUGGCUAAAGUUCCUGAUGGUGCACUGUCCUACAUCAAAAAAAGAUACCCUCAGGUUGUGACCAGGCUGAUUCAUAUUUUAAGUCAGAAAGUCUUGGGAAACCUACAGGAACCACAGGGAGACUACACAGAUCCAGGUAAUCUUGCCAGUAACCUGUGCACCGUUUGUGUGUUACCCUGCAACAGUAAGGUUCCUCUGACUGCAUUUACCCUGGAGCUGAAACAUGCCCUCAAUGCUGUAGGCCCGACUCUGGUUCUUACUAGUGACAUCAUCAGAGCGCGACUUGGGGCCCAUGCAUUGGAAAGCACACAUGAAUGUCAGCUGUCAACUUGGCUGGCUCAGCAGGAAGAUCUUCAUCGUAUCGUCUUGUACCAGACGGAAUCGUUUAUCACGUCCUGGACUGUGCGCUGUAUCCGCCAGGCAGACUGCAUUCUGGUGGUUGGAUUAGGUGGAGAAGAUCCAGCACUUGGGGAGCUAGAAAGUUUCCUUGAGAACUCUCCUGUUCGGGCUCUAAAACAGCUGGUCCUUUUGCACCACACUGAUGGCUCUGCACCCUCUGGCACGGUGGAAUGGCUAAACUUGAGGAGCUGGGUUUCGGGACACUUUCAUAUUCGGGCUCCCAGACGGGUCUUCACAAAGAGGCCUCUACACAAAGUGCAUGAGCUGUAUACUAGAGUCUUUCAGACAGAAGCUGACCGUCACGGUGACUUUUCUCGCCUCGCCCGUGCAUUGACUGGAAACACCAUUGCUUUGGUGCUGGGAGGAGGUGGAGCAAGAGGCUUUGCCCAUGUGGGAGUGAUAAAGUCAUUGGAGGAGGCCGGAAUCCCUGUGGAUAUGAUUGGAGGGACUUCCAUGGGGGCUGUUGUUGGAGGUGUCUAUGCAGAAGAACUGAAAGCAGUCGAGACCAAACAGAGGACAAGUAAAUGGGCAAAGAUGCUGUCAUCUUUACCCAAAACAGCCAUGGACCUUACCUAUCCUAUCGCUUCACUUUUAUCAGGCUCCACCUUCAAUGGUACACUGCGAAGUCUUUUUGGCGAAAGACAAAUUCAGGACUUGUGGCUGCCAUAUUUCUGCAUCAGUACUGACAUCAGCGCUUCUGCAAUGCGUAUUCACAGAGAGGGGUGUUUAUGGCGUUAUGUCCGUGCCAGUGCUUCGUAUACGCCUUACCUUCCCCCACUUUGUGAUCCGCGGGACUCUCACCUACUAUUGGAUGGCUGCUAUGUCAAUAACCUCCCAGCCGACGUGGCUCAUUCGCUGGGAGCCCGUACUGUUCUUGCAGUGGACGUUGGCCAGCAGGACAAAUGGGACACAUGGAAUUAUGGGGACUCUCUGUCUGGGUGGUGGUUACUAUGGAAACGUAUCAACCCAUGGGCGGAAAAAGUCAAGGUCCCAGACAUGGCAGAGCUGCAGUCUAGAUUAUCCUAUGUAUCGGGGGUCAAUCAGCUACAACUCGUCAAGCAUAGCGGAUACUGCGAAUACCUGAGCCCCCCUGUCCAGCGCUUCAGCACAACGGACUUCCACCGAUUUCAAGAAAUAUAUGAUGUGGGCUACGACUAUGGGAAACUUAUAUUCACUGAAUGGUACCGUGGGGAUGUUGUUGAAAAGAUGCUGCAGGACCGAAGUUCUCUUGAAUUUUAUCAACAACAGGAAGGGGUUACCAGUGGGGUCCCUGGAUUUACUGACCUUGCAGAAAUUGUGUCCUGCAUCGAGCCUGUGACCAGCAGACAUCUGUUCCCAGAGAAGCAAGAGGAUGAAGUCACAUUAGCAGAAGACAAGAAAGUUUCUGUAGAAAGGAAUGCCUGUGAAACAGAUGAAGAAAAGACUUUGCGGUUGCAAAAUACCAGGGGCUUGGCCAAACAUACUGAACAGAAUUAUUUGACUAAGCAAAGGGUGCAUUAACCACAGAUCUCCAAGACUUAGCUUCUCUGGACCUCUGCAGAACAUGGCUGCAUAGAGGCCUACAAACACAAACUGCUUCUGCAUUUUUCUUUUGCUCUCAGGAUUUUCUCUACAUCAUGACAACGGGUCUUGUCCACCCACUGACUGACAGCAUUGACUUUCCUUCACUGACCCACAGCAUUGCCUUUCCUUCACUAAUCAACAGCAUUGACUUUCCUUCACUGACCCACAGCGUUGACUUUCCUUCACUGACCCACAGCAUUGCCUUUCCUUCACUGACCCACAGCAUUGCCGUUCCUUCACUGACCCACAGCAUUGCAUUUCCUUCACUGACCCACAGCAUUGCCUUUCCUUCACUGACCCACAGCAUUGCCUUUCCUUCACUGACCCACAGCAUUGCCGUUCCUUCACUUACCCACAGCAUUGCAUUUCCUUCACUGACCCACAGCAUUGCCUUUCCUUCACUGACCCACAGCAUUGACUUUCCUUCACUGACACACAGCAUUGAUUUUCCUUCACUGACCCACAGCAUUGCCUUUCCUUCACUGACCCACAACAUUGCCUUUCCUUCACUGACACAGCAUUGACUUUCCUUCACUGACCCCACAGCAUUAACUUUCUUUCAGACUGGAAAUUAGAGAGUGAUACUGUUAAUUCAGGAGACCUUGGUUGACAACUGUACUGUGUGACCAAGCUCAGAAAGACUGAGGUUCUCCAAACAAUUUCCAGGACUCUGCUUGUUAUCUUCUGUUCACAUUCAGAAACAGUUAUUCCAUUCUUGUCUGUAGAUUGUUUAAAGACUUUUACUCAAAAACAAGCAUUUCACCAUUAGGCCAAGGGAUUCUUCUAAGACUUGGGUUCAUCUUUAGGGCCCAGACUAUCGUUUUGUCCUCUUCUUUACCUUUGUAUCAUUUUGCUUUGUUUGGUGCCCUUUAACAAUGGUCUCUGCUUUUAUUCCCCCCAUUUUUUUCUGCUUUUCCUUCCCCUAUUAAAGCGGUUGUUCACCUUUGAGUUAACUUUUAGUAUAAUGU